ACACCACCACGACUCGACAUCAGACCGGUGGCUUCUCAAUUCUCCACCAUCUUCCCACAACCACAACACCAGCUUCUCCAUCCCUCUAAAGCUCUCUACCAACACAACAAACUACUAUCCGGCCGAACCCAUCAACCCAAAUAGAACGAAUCAUCAAAUCGAAUCAAUCGAUACCUACCAUGACCAGAUCAUUAGCCUCCGCCUUUGCUCUCUCGCUCCUCGCGGUAGCGGUGCAAGCUACCAUUACUCCCCAAUGCAUAGAGGAAACCCGAGUGUUGCACAAUGAUUCCUUUUUGGAUCGUCCAAGACGACCUGUAUGAAGAGUACAAAGAAGACUUUGACAGUGUCUGCGACUUUACGUCCAUUACGAACCCUGACUGUGGACUCAAGUUUGACGGGGAUAACGAGACGUAUGUGGCGGCCUGCUUGGACAAGAAUGGCCAAAUCUUCAAGCGAGAAAUCAAGCUCAAGUGCGGCUACAGUGUCGCUUCCUUUGAUUACGAUUUGGGCUUGGCACCAACCUGCGUCGGCGCUUCCUGCAAUUUAACAGCCAUUGGUCCUGAAGAUUUGAAAGAUACGCGCUUUGACGAGCUAUUGGGAAAUUUCUCUUUUGUUGGAUGCGACGCGGUUUCCGGUGCCACAGGAUACUCUCUCUCCCCUGUGUUUUAUACGACAAUCGUCGUUGCUGGUAUCGUUGGUAUGAUUGGAAUUUAGUGAGAAACUUGGAGGGGGGGAUGUUAUGUUAUGGGAAUCAUUGUUGUUUUUGCAAAGAAUGGUCCCUGGAAAUGAUGUUUGAGAGGGUGUGACCGCGGAUGCUGCUGGACUUAAAAUGCAACAGUGAGGCUCGGGCCCGUUCAUCAUGUUGGCCUUUCAGUUUCGAAGGAGGGAUGUGGUGCCGUAAUAACUAUAGUAGUAUUCUCUUAGAUUGUG